GCGGGCCCCUACUGGAGCGUCCCGCUGGCGGGCGUGGUUUGCCGCUACUUGCCGCGGGAUAUCGACUCCUCGGACUCCGAGGCGGGAGUGAUCGCCCUCGGCAUCGCGGACGGGCCGGGGGCCGCGGCGGUGGCCCCUGCCCAAGUGGCCGCCCUCGGCAGCGCGGGC